AAUGACAGAAUGAAUCAAAAUUUUAAUAUUCAUUUAUUUUUACAGCAUUAACUGGAAAACAGAGGACAGAAGAGAGUAGUCGCGGAAUUCACCAUCUUUAUUGCAUAUUCUUGUUGCUCUUCCCACACUCAACUUCUCACUUUCCUCAGUUUACCAAGGAAAAAAAGAUCUCACCAACCUCUCACACACACAAAAUAGUUGUAUAUAUAUAUAUAUAUAUAUAUAAUGACACACACAGACACACGGAUACAUUCAUAUGCAUUUGGAAAGAGUGUAAGUGAAAAUAGAGAGGAGAGAGUGUUCGAAAAACUUUUGGCAAGGAAUCAUAUCCUUUUUGUGAAAUUUUGUAAGAGUUUUGAGAGAGAUGAGGGAUUUCAAGACAAGGUUAUCUUCAUGGUGGUCUACAAUAUCAUCAUCUCCAAAGCUUGUGUGUUUCAUAAUUCCAUUGAUUGUGGUGUCUGGAUUUGUUAUUUUAUUGGGUCCAAAAACCUCCAAUUGGGUAUCUAUUCCUCACAACUAUACUUGGCUAUGGAGUUCUUCAAAUACUUCUCCUUUACCUUCUGCAACCGGAGGCAAUCACACACAAGAAGCUCUGUCAAAUGAUUCUCUUGUUAACCGCUCUGCCUCACCACCCCUUUCCAUAGAAGCCAAAGAUAUUCAACAACGAGUGGGGAAGAAGGAAGAUGGGUUGAAUACUAGUAUGAAUGAGAGUCUUCCUACUCCCAUGACUGCGGGAUUACACAGCAAUUUGGAGAGGCUUGAGGCCGGUCUUGUACAAGCUCGUGCUGCAAUACGAGAAGCUAAAAAUGGAAAUCAAACACACGACCCCAACUACGUCCCAACUGGUCCAAUUUACUGGAAUGCCAAGGCCUUCCACAGGAGCUAUUUAGAAAUGGAAAGACAAUUUAAGGUAUAUGUCUAUGAAGAAGGAGAUCCCCCGGUUUUUCAUAGCAGUCGCUGUGAUGGCGUACUUGCUAUAGAGGGACACUUCAUCCAUCACAUGGAGAUUAGCCAGUUUCGAACCAGAGAUCCAGAGACAGCCCAUGUUUAUUUCCUUCCAUUCAGUGUGGUAUCAAUAGUUGAGUACGUUUAUGUGGUUGACUCCCGUGAGUGGGAGGCCAUGAAAAAUACAGCAGCAGACUAUAUUGACGUCAUUGCCAGAAAAUACCUUUAUUGGAAUCGAAGCCUCGGAGCUGAUCACUUCAUGCUUGCGUGCCAUGAUUGGGGGCCUGAAAUAUCCUUUGCCAUUCCUUACCUAUACAAGAACUCCAUUCGAGCACUAUGUAAUGCAAAUACCUCAGAAAGAUUCAACCUCUCCAGAGAUGUGUCCAUUCCGGAAAUCUAUCUACCAACGGGUACGACUGAGGGCUUGAUCGGUGGCCCAUCCCCAUCGAAACGAUCGAUCUUGGUUUUCUAUGCCGGAGGAGUUCAUGGCCCCAUUAGGCCAGUGCUUCUAGAGCAUUGGGAGAACAAGGAUGAAGAUGUUCAAAUCCACCAGUACCUCCCAAAAGGUGUCUCAUAUUACGGGAUGAUGAGAAAGAGCAAGUAUUGCAUUUGUCCAAGUGGCUAUGAAGUGGCGAGCCCAAGAAUGGUUGAGGCUCUUUACAUGGGGUGUGUCCCGGUACUCAUCAAGGACCAUUAUGCGAUACCAUUCAGUGAUGUUCUGGAUUGGAAGACAUUCUCAGUCGAAGUUCCGGUGAAAGAAAUUCCCAACCUGAAGAAAAUUCUGAUGGGUAUCUCUCAAAAGCAGUACAUAAGAAUGCAGAGGAGGGGUCUUCAAGUAAGGAGACAUUUCGAGGUUAAUAUGCCCCCAAAGCGAUUCGAUGUCUUUCACAUGAUACUCCAUUCAAUCUGGCUUAGAAGACUUAAUGUUCAAAUUUAUGAUGUUGAAGAAUCAUGAUAUCAUUAAUUGAUCGAUCCAAUUAUGGUCUAGUUUAGAUUAAAGGAGGUGUAUUACAAGUACAUUUAGAGAUGAACAUGUAUGAUAGUGCUACAAGGAAAAUGAUUUUAAGGCUUAGAAUAAAUUGUCUGACCGUAAAGUUUUAAUUAAUUAUGUAUGUAAGAUAAAAGUACGUAGCAUUGCAAAUAUAUGACCACGGUUGUUUAUCAC